GCGUCACGUGGCUCAGCAGGACGCGAGCAGGUGGGCGGGGCAUCUGGAGCUCCGCAUUUGUGUGUGACACCCGGAGCCGGCUGGCCGCCAGGGCCCCCAAAGACACCAACAUGGUGCGUGCGGGCAGUAUGGGGUCGCAUCUCCCCGCGUCGUGCCUGGACAUUUUUGGAGACUUGAGAAAGAUGAACAAGCGGCAGCUCUACUACCAGGUUUUAAACUUCGCCAUGAUCGUGUCUUCUGCACUGAUGAUAUGGAAAGGCUUGAUUGUCCUCACAGGCAGUGAGAGCCCCAUUGUGGUGGUACUCAGUGGCAGUAUGGAGCCAGCCUUUCACAGGGGAGAUCUUCUGUUCCUCACAAACUUCCGGGAAGACCCCAUUAGAGCUGGUGAAAUAGUGGUUUUUAAAGUCGAAGGACGAGACAUUCCAAUAGUUCACAGAGUAAUCAAAGUUCAUGAAAAAGAUAACGGAGACAUCAAAUUUCUAACUAAAGGAGAUAAUAAUGAAGUUGAUGAUAGAGGCUUGUACAAAGAAGGCCAGAACUGGCUGGAAAAGAAGGACGUGGUGGGAAGAGCACGAGGGUUUUUACCAUAUGUUGGUAUGGUUACCAUAAUAAUGAAUGACUAUCCAAAAUUCAAGUAUGCACUGUUGGCUAUAAUGGGUGCAUAUGUGUUACUAAAACGUGAAUCCUAACAUGAGAAGCAGUUCCUGGGACCAGGCUGAAGUGAAUUCUGUUGAAAAAGAAAAAAAAGUAAUAUAUUUGAAAUGUUCUACUUUCUGUAUAAAAGAAAACUCUUGGAGAUGUUUUUGUCUUGUUCAAAUAAAUGAUUCAUCAGUAAA